CUACUGGACAGAAUGAUCGACCGAAGUGAUGUUAGUAGUGUCGCGCGUUGAACAGGUGGGUAGACGAACUCGUCGGCGCCAUGUAGGUAACCUCACGAUCACGAUGUGAAACCAAUAUUCUGUGGAGUAUUAAAAAACCCCGAUGCACUGCAAAGCAGAUGCUAUCCGAGUCAGCAUUUAUACCUCAACACGCCGGGUUUCGUGAUACAAUGAUUACCUCGUUCAUUAUUCUCAUAAACCUUUUAAUUCAUUUUUGCCAAUCACGUCAGUUGGAAUCUAUGUCCUACGCCGAGUUGGAUAAGCAGCGUGAUAACAGAAUGGCGAAACUGUGGGCUCCUCAAACUCCACCCCACUUAUUACCAGAUUUUCGACCUAUGCAUUUGUGUGCCACUGAGGAUUUCAUUCGUCUUUCACAGUCAUUACAGCAGCUGGUAAGCGAGCACCAUGACCCACAGCGCUUCCAUUGGUUUACACUUAGUUUAACUAGUAUCAAGUCUGUGAAUCGCAGUUACUUUCUCGCUGGUGGUUCUUCGAUUAGAUCAUUCGAUUCGCCUGACGCAAUCUCUGUCAGUCCUCGUGACGGAGGUAGUGUGUUUCUCUGUGAAUUCGAACAAAUCUCUCAACUUCAUCAUGCAGUUGGUUUUGCUCCCCGUCAAAAAGCAUGUCGUAAACUUAAUCCUCAAUCAAGAACUGAUGUUUCACACGAGAAUCUCGGUGCCUCGAGCACCACACUGAAGCUUGCUAACAAUAUAAGCUUGCUGGCUUACUGUGAUCCACUUUGGCGUGCCACAUCUCCUGUCCCGGUUGGGCGUUGUUUUUUAACUGCGCUAACAGAAGGCAAACUCGAUAACGUGAUUGUUUUUUCGGAAUUUUGUCAAUCCGGUUUGCAGGUGGCAACUCCUUGUAUGGCGGGUUACAGUGUAUCGUUAUCACUGCCUUUGAGCACAGUGAGAAACCACUAUGUUUCCAGUUCCUUGAGAAAAGUUGAACUAUGGACGGGGCAGCCGUUGGCGGUUCCCUACGGAAGAGUGCAAGUUAUCAAGGAUCCCUAUGGAACAGCGACUACUGUGACCAUCAGGCGUCCGGACUGGGAGACACCCGCUGUCAUUGGAUCUCUGUUUGGAUACGUGGUGAGAAAUGGUUUCAUCACGGCCCCUGGGACAUUCGAUCUAGGUGCAAAUCUAAAUGUGACCGUGGCUCAGUUGAUCGGUGUCCGACUAUCAACUGAUGCAACGCAAAGUGCCGAUUGGAUAGGCGGCGUGCAACCGCAUCAGCUGUUCGACGGCUUCGGUACUUCAAUGCUGCGCACCAGGCUCAAAAGUGCUUCAGAUGUGGUUGUGGUCGUUGGUGCGCCGUACAGUACGGUGUCACCAGACACUGCCGGCUCAACUGGGCCCAAUUUGGACCGUGGUACCAGUUCCGAUAGGGGUAAGAUAUUUUUGUACUGCCCUUUUGCUGACCUUCCUGAAGUUUCGGCGCACCAGGGUAAACUUCAAUUGUACAAUGACGAAUUGGACGGUCCCAUCGGUAGCACUCAUUUUGGAUUUUCGCUUUCAAGGCUCGGUGAUGUGGAUGGCGAUGGAAUAGAAGACAUCGCGGUUGGAGCACCGGAUCUAGACGGUCGGAUCGGGUACGGCCGAGUCUACAUAAUACGCCUACUGUCAGACUGCAAAUUUGAUCGAGUUCCCCUCCAAAUUCUACAAGGCCCAGUUGAAUCUCCUACUUUUGGAUCAGUUCUACCUGAAGGUGGAGAUGAUCUAGAUUUCAAUGGUUUUCCUGAUCUAAUAGUGCCUAGCACCAGUGGUCCACAGUCACCAUCCACACCAGAUAUUCAUAUUUUCGCCACACGGCAUCGAUUUAAUGCAGAGUGUCGUUUCACCUUCCCCCCUUGGUUGUCCAUAAGACAGAUUCUUGCUGGGGACACCAUACCAGUUGAGCUCACAGUUCACCUCGAAAGUAAAGCGACAGAGGACCAAAAAGCUGACGUACUAAAACAUAUUUUCAUGGACGAGGCAUCCAAUCGACUGCAUCAUCAGGUGCUUGUAGACUGGAAUGCGAGUGACUCCAUGACUCAACGCUUCGUAAUUGCAGGCAGAGUGGACAGUGAUCUCGAUUUGGCACAAAACCUCCUGGCCAUCAAAUUCAGUCUAUCAGCCGAGCAAGAUGUUCAGGAUAUGGUUGGUAUUGAUACCGAGAAGAAUGGUUUAUUUGUUGCUUAUCGGUUUAUCCAGCCUUGUAUUGGAAACGGGUCGGUUAUUGACGAUAAUGGAACUUGCUCUGAUGGAAGUGGCCUAAAACGAGCACACAUUGAUUGGUCCAGGUGCAUCGCAAGGGUCCCUCUCAGUCGAUUUAUCUGCUAUCCCCACAGAAUAUGCGAAAGUGAUCUCUAUGUCAUGGUAUCCGACGUUACAGCAAAGAGUGCGCAUUCCGAUAAACGGGAGAGCGUUGGGCAUGUAGAAGAUAGUCGUUUCUUAAAGAAAUAUGCCUUGAUAUAUGGACAUGCCGAGAGCUCACAUCCCGAAUUGCUGAUCCAAGUUUUUAAUUAUGGUCCUACGCUUGCUGGUGGAAUUUGGAUUGAAAUACAAUUUCACGGUGACCUUCGAUUUGCUCAAUUAAUCGGAUUUGAGAGUGAAAAGAAUCUAGCGGAGCAGAAGGAGAUCAAACUGUCAGUGAAUAUCGCAGCGAAUGAAAGUUGGGUGGCCACAUUUCUGGGGACAAUACCAGCGCCACUAUCAUUGGAUAGAGAGCACAUCCCCCCGUCGUUCUAUCUGAAACUGUCAACAUAUUAUGUGAAUUAUACUCAAAUGACAACGGCCAACUUUUCAUUGGGAGCUGGACUAACCGUUCGACUAAUCCCCGGGACUUACGAUCCAAUAAGCGAAGGGAAUGAAGUACAUAUUGAGUACCGUUUGGUAAAUGAACCAAAAGUGCGGAUAUCCUACGGUCCUAAAUCAGUUUUCAGUCGAAUGGAUAACCGGACGAAACCAGCUCCGUGGGCGGUGGAUUUCUUACGACGUGUUGAUGUGGAGGAGGUAGGUCCUCGCGUGGAGCACACCUACCAAGUGGAAUAUUUGGGUCCGAUUAGUAGACUGACAAACAUUACUGUUCGAUUGACCGUACCUAACGAGCUCUCACCAGUCGACCGGGAAAGCAACCUUGAUGCUUAUCUUGUCUAUCUGUUCCCUCAAGUUCGUGCCAGUGUCGAUGGAUCUAGUAAUCUUCAAUGGGUAGACCUAUGGCCGAGAAUUACUCUAUCCGAUCCCAGAGACAUUGCAGGCGGAGAAAAACUUGGAAGUUGUACAAUAAUUGAUGCACAAGAACGAGUGAACCCAAAGAAAAUGAUUGGAAUGGAUAUUUCUAAAAUUUACUCCAGAAAGCGCCGUCAUGCCUCGAUCACGUUGGAUUCAUCUCAAAGUGAAUUUUAUGAGAUGGACAGCAGAUUGAAUGACUCGGAGCUUUCACCGUCCGUUUGGGAUUCUGAUAUGUCUCCAGCAGCCUCGAGGCCAGCUCCAAAUCUCUUCAGAAGAAUCCCUAAAGAAAUUUUACAAUGUGACAGGGUUGGAUAUCGAUUGCAGAAGCCAAUCUGUGCCGAGAUUGUUUGUCGCGUGGAAGCAUUGCAAAAGAAUCGCCCUGUUUUGAUCACAGUGACCGGUUGGCUGUGGGCACGAACAAUGUUUGAUAAACACAUCUCCGAUGUAGACGUCGUCACUACACUGACAGUGGACCAAGGAUUCGUACCCGCCGGAGUGAUCCCAGCGGCCGAACCUGUGGGAUACUUUCAUUUGGCUCAAACAUUUUUCUUUCCUCAAAUUCGUCCGAAAUUACUGCAUCAGAUCCCCAUAUGGCCGAUUAUCGUCGGAGUAGUGUCCGGUAUACUUGUUCUGGCCCUAAUCAUCAUUUUGCUUCGCGAAUUAGGAUUCUUUAAGCGUCGGAAAUCCGCUCUACUGAAAGCGAAGUAUAGCAGAGGUGGAGCAGAUGAAUUGGAACGUACCGCGGAGGAGACGCCAGUGAAGAAACCGCACUACUCCGGACUUCAGCCAUCCACAGUGGAUAAAUACGAAAGAGGGACGAAGAAGCGUCCGAAAGGCAAACAUCGUGGUGACCUAACCAUCUUGCAUCCAGCAGACCUGGCAGCAAACAAACAAAAUGCACAGGACGAGCAAAAAUUACUCAAUGAUUCUCAUCCGGAAGCCUGAACGGCAGUCGUACUGGACGCCGAAGGGUUUCAGCCAAGUGAACAGUGAUAAACACACCGUAUUGCUUUGUGCUGUGUGAGAGCUGAUAGAUGCCUUAUCCCAAGUACGUAUACUUUAUACACUUUUAGUGUGUUCGUGUUCGUGCCUGCGCACAUCCCCCUUAUACUCUGCAGUAGAUCUGGACUCGAUUGCGCUUCACACCCUUAUUUUGCGCGCUUCUUGUAGUGUUCCACGUUGCAUCAACCAUCCAAGUGUGCACGGUCUCAUUUCUGUCUUGGUGUUGACACUCCAGUUUUCUUUGACUCCAACCACCAGUAACAUGGUGCUUCAAGUUUCCGACGUUGCUUCUAUACACUACCCGUCAGACUUUGCUGCUUUUUAAACCUUUUCCUGAUGGGUGUUAUUUUUGGAGAAGGACUACGAGCAAUAAGUUUCUUUUUAAUUUAUUUUCCUAAUUCUGCUUAGUUGUGUUUUCUGUGGAAGAAGUAUACUGAUUUGAGAAAUAUAAUACGAUUAUUUUAAAUGGCUGAUGGCCAGCACCCAUGGAACAUCAACCGUGAUGCCAAGUUA